UAGUAAUUUCUGUCCAGCACCUGUUCGACCACCCAAAAUUUAAAAUUCCCGCUUCAACAGAACUUUUAGCCUUCCUUGACUUUCGUUUAAUGGAACAUGUGCCACCGUCGCAGGCAGGACUACAGCGGGAACACCUACCUGGGCCUCCACCUGGGCACCCAGCUCCUCCGCGCGGUGAUCCUCGACUCCAGCCUGAAGGUCACCUACGUGGCGCAGAUCCGCUAUGACGUGGACCUGCCCGAGUUCGGGACCACCAACGGAGUGCUCCCAGACAGCGGUCCUGGCGAGUUCCUGGCCAACCCGGUGAUGUGGGUGAAGGCGCUGGACAUGCUGAUGGACUGCCUGCAGCAACAGGGUGCGGACCUGCACUCGGUGGCCUCGAUUGGAGGGGCGGCGCAGCAGCACGGCUGCGUCUUCUGGUCGGACUUGGGCCUGCGGCGCCUGUGCAACCUGAACGAGCACUUCCGGCUCCACGAGCAGAUCACGGAGAGCGCCUUCGAGCUGACCAGGACGCCCACCUGGCUGGACAACUCCACGGACGAGCAGGUGCGCGAGAUGGAGCAGGCCGUCGGCGGUCCCGCCGAGCUCUCGAGCAUCACCGGCAGUCGCGCCUACACCCGCUUCACGGGUCCCCAGAUCCGGAAGGUGUUCACCCAGUGCCCGGAGCACUACGAGCGCACGCCCCGCAUCUCGCUCAUCAGCAGCUUCCUCUCCUCGCUGCUGAUCGGCGGCAUCGCCUCCAUAGAGUACACCGACGGCUCGGGCAUGAACCUGCUGGACAUCCGCAAGAAGCACUGGUCGCCCGAGUGCCUGGAGGCCUGUGCCCCCGACCUGGCCAGGCGCCUCAUGCGGCCGAUCCCCCCGUCGCGGCUGCAGGGCCGCGUGGCGGACUAUUUCGUGAAGCGCUGGAACUUCCGGCCCGACUGCAUGGUGGUGGCCGCCACCGGGAGCAAGGCCUCGGAGCUGGCCGGGCUGCUGGUGGAGCGGGACUUCCUCGUGCUCUCGCUGGACACCAGCGACGUGGUGGUGAUGCCCCUCCAGAAGGCGCCCCGCCUGGAGGAGGGCCACGUGAUGUGCCACCCCACGCGGACGGACGAGUUCAUGGGCCUGCUCUGCUUCCGCAACGGCGGCCUGGCGCGCAAGGCCGUCUGCCAGGAGGUGGUCGGCGGCAGCUGGAAGCGCUUCUACGAGAUGCUGGAGGCCACGCCCCCCGGCAACCACGGCAACAUCGCCCUGCACUUCCGCGACCGCGAGAUCCUGCCCAUCGCGCUGGGCACCCUGCGCUGGGACGCCGCGAUCGACUACAUGGCCCAGGAGUGCGUUCGCGGACGGCACCACUUCGAGGCGCCGGAGACCGAGGUGCGCGCCCUCAUCGAGGGCCAGAUCAUGCACCACUGCGCCAUCGCCCGCGAGAUGGGCUUCCACCGAGGCGAGGAGACCAAGAUAGUGGUCGUGGGCGAGGACUCCCGCCACCAGGCCGUGCUCCAGAUCGUGGCGGACGUGUUCAACGCGCCCGUCUACCAGCGGACCGGCAUCGAGGUCAGCCUGCUCGGGUGCGCCUUCCGGGCGCGCUACGCCUUCUACGAGCACCGCGAGGCCUCCUGCAACUGCCGCUCCUGCCGGAUGCCGCUGGGCCGGCAGCCGCGGCUCUCCUACGACGAGUUCUUCCGCAACGUGCCCUCCGGCCUGAGCCUGGCCGCGGAGCCCACCCCGGGAUGCGAGAAGAUCUACGAGCCCCUGAUCGCGCGCUGCUCCCAAAUCUGUCGCCUGCUGGCGGCCAAGACGGCCCACUUUGUCGUCGAGCACAAUAAGUAAAGCCUAAAGUAAACUAGCGAGUGCGAGUGCGAGCGCG